AAGUUGGUGAAACUUAGCCAAACUAAUUUACAGAUUGAAAAUGAAACGAACUGAAACCGAACUAAGGAUCAGCUAAAACAAACAGUUGCGUAGUACUCGCAUAAAAUAGACGUGAAUCCCUCCUCCGGGCCCAGCGGAUGCCUGCACUUUCCCUCUCCGGUCAACCAGCCUGAAACCGUCCCAGCCCACAGAACCCCGGGCGCUUGUUCCAGAACGGAAAACGGACCAGGCCGAGAGGUGGGUGGUACCGGGGCGGCGGGGCAGGGAGCAGGCUCGCUCGCCAGCCGAAUCUGUCCCGGGUCCCAGUCCGCUGUGCGGCUGGCUAACUCGAACGUUUCGCUUGGUAACCUUCGCUGCGGCUCGGUUUCAUCCCGCUCUCCCCUUCUUCCGUUCAAGAGCCCCGCUGGCCAGACCGAAUCGCGAACGGGCGAAGGCGUAUUGACUUUGCGGUUCAUCUGUAUCGUUGUUUGGACAGAGGCCUGGCAGCUGGCGAGACCUGCUGUGGGCUAGACUGCUGCCCAGAGGGGAUCGUAUCGGUUUCCCUGUUUCAUCCAGUUUACCCGAAAAGGUGUCAAUACUGCCACUGGUUUAAAGCCUUCUCCCUCUCUCCGUUUGUCUUGCAGGUCUGUCUCUCUGUCUUUUCCGUCACGAAGACAGUAGGAUCUCAUCCCUCUCUCCUUCUCCUAUCUUCCCCCCUCUCUCUGUCUGGCAGGUGAAAGUCGGACCCAGGCAGACGUGGGCGCAGAGCCUUCCGAGUUUGAUUUGCUGUUCGACUCGAUGGGGGAGGAUCAGUCUGAGCAGGCCCCGGCCCCUAAGUGCCCGCUGACCCACACCGAUCUGGCCUUGUUUGACCCCUGCGCAAGAAAGGAGGAGCAGUCCGACCCGGGCUCCUCCCACAGCCCCUCCCACGCCGAGCUCCUCGCCUUCCCAUUGGCCGCCCAGGACCCCUCCUCCCCCUCCGCCGACGGGCCUCCUGCGAUUGGCGGGGGGCCUCCGGAGGGCGUGGCCGAGGCAGCCCGUGGCCCGCUGGGGCUGGAGGAGGGGGCGGGGAAAGGCGGGGGAGGGGGCGUGGCCAGGGAGCCAGCUGACUACUUGGCUCAGGCAGCAGCUCAUCUCCGCCUGGCGGUGGAGAGGGAGGAGGCAGGGGAUUAUGGCGCCGCCGUACAGCAGUACGAGGCUGGGGUGGACAUCCUGCUGAAGGGGGCUCAAGGUGACCCCGACGCGCUGCGCAGGGAGGCGGCGAGGAGGAAGAUGGCGCAGUACCUGCAGCACGCCGAGGACCUGCUCGCCCUCCAGCCGCCCCGGAGCCCCCCUCCCACGAGCACGGGCUGAAGGCAGGAAGUGGUGGGGCGCGGGGUGUACCCCGCUUUCCUGAGACGGCAUCGCGCCUCCCUUCCCAGCCCUGCAAAACAGAGCGACGCCCCCCCCCACCACCCCACUAGCAACGGACAAGGGUGGGUGAGGACAUGGGAGAGGUAGAAAUAUCAGACGCCCCUCUCCUCCCUGUGACCCCAAAACUGAAUAGUAUCAGGUGUCCUCUUCUAGUUCAGGUAAAUCUGUGAGACCAGGCUGUUUUAGUGACUGACUGCACUAUGUACACUACCGCAGUCAACACUACACACACAAACACACUGAGCCACUGCUGUCCCUCUCCUCUCACACUGCCCCUGAAUUCACACACUGACACACA